AUGCUCAUAUUUGCAGUACGUAUCCGUACAGCUUUGUUUUUGCUGGGCCUUGCGGCGGGUAGAGACGAUAAUGCCAAAGGUGGUGCCGGAGGCCAUGCUCCCGUGGCAAGCCGCAAAGAUGAAGAUGGUUGUACGAAUACAUACGAACAGCUGGCCUUGCCUCGCUUACGAGUCACCGGUGGUGUUUCCAACGUGUCGAGAUCAGCGUUGAUCCCAUCCAUGAUCCAUCUCAUCCCGGGCGGGCCUGGCGAUGAGAACCGUAGCAAUGGGCCGAAGAAAUGGGAAGGGAGACUCGGGAUGAUUCAAGAUGAUACGGAUGCCUUGGUGUAUGUUCGACAACUGUGUUAUGCGUACUAUGUACUCCGUAGACGACGUCGUCGCCGUGGCAAGUUGCUUCGUCGUCAGUCGUCACUUGUGCUCGUGUGCCGGACGACGGAUGGCUAUGGAAAUCAGAUUGAAGCUGCCACUGAUGGGAGAGGACUCGAGAUUUGUACUGUUAAGUGA